CGGGCGCCGAGGUGCGCGGAGUGGAGCUCAGGGCUGUGGUGGGGAGCAGAGCUGAGCGGCUGGGCGGGCCUGGCCAGGCCAGCGGAGCAGAGACGUUGGUCGAGCGGCGGCGAACAUGCGCUUUUGAUACGGUGGAGGCUUUCUUGAUCAUGGAUGGUGAAGAUAUACCAGAUUUUUCAAGUUUAAAGGAGGAAACUGCUUAUUGGAAGGAACUUUCCUUAAAGUAUAAACAAAGCUUCCAGGAAGCUCGGGAUGAGCUAGUUGAAUUCCAGGAAGGAAGCAGAGAAUUAGAAGCAGAGUUGGAGGCACAAUUAGUACAGGCUGAACAGAGAAAUAGAGACUUGCAAGCUGACAACCAAAGACUGAAAUAUGAAGUGGAGGCAUUAAAGGAGAAACUAGAACAUCAGUAUGCACAGAGCUACAAGCAGGUUUCAGUAUUAGAAGAUGAUUUAAGUCAGACUCGGGCCAUUAAGGAGCAGUUGCAUAAGUAUGUGAGAGAGCUGGAGCAGGCCAAUGAUGACCUGGAGCGAGCAAAAAGGGCAACAAUAGUUUCACUGGAGGACUUCGAACAAAGGCUAAAUCAGGCCAUUGAACGAAACGCAUUUUUAGAAAGUGAACUUGAUGAAAAAGAGUCUUUGUUGGUCUCUGUACAGAGAUUAAAGGAUGAAGCAAGAGAUUUAAGGCAAGAACUAGCAGUUCGGGAAAGACAACAGGAAGUAACCAGAAAGUCGGCUCCUAGUUCUCCAACUCUAGAUUGUGAAAAAAUGGAUUCUGCCGUCCAAGCAUCACUCUCUUUGCCAGCUACUCCUGUUGGCAAAGGAACAGAAAACAGUUUUCCCUCUCCGAAAGCUAUACCAAAUGGUUUUGGUACCAGUCCACUAACUCCUUCUGCUAGGAUAUCAGCACUCAAUAUCGUUGGGGAUCUCUUACGGAAAGUAGGGGCUUUAGAAUCCAAAUUAGCAGCUUGCAGGAAUUUUGCAAAGGACCAAGCAUCACGAAAAUCCUAUAUUUCAGGGAAUGUUAACUGUGGGGUUCUGAAUGGCAACGGCACAAAGUUCUCUCGAUCAGGGCAUACAUCUUUCUUCGACAAAGGGGUACAUGAAAUGUGUUGCUGCCUUUUAGUCCUCCUGGAUUCUGUUGCCGUGGGAACCCUGAGUCUAAAGCUUCUGUCUUGGGAAGCAGACUCCUAAAGGGAGCAGCACUAGGCUCUGGAGAGUCAAGGUGACUAUGGGAUUGUCCCUUUUCUCAAGGGGCUUAUAGGCUAGUAGGCUUUAUUAGCAAAAAUUUUAAGAGCGGAAGAGAACAUUGCAGUUAUGUAUACACAAACUCUAUUAUGAUCCUCCUGUCUGAAGAUUUUAGAAAAAUAUAAAGCCCUGAUGUAUUUAGGUACUAAAUCCAAUAGAGUUUAGGGAUGCUUUUUUUUUAUGCAGGGAAGACAUUCUUGGGGAAUUAAAAUUUUAAAAUAUUAUCUGGGCGGUACCUGUGGCUCAGUGGGUAGGGCACUGGCCCCAUUUACCAAGGGUGGCGAGUUCGAACUU